UGGAUGCAUUUGCUGAUCUUUCUUUGCUGUCUCGCUUUCAGUGAAAUUCGGGGAAAUCAGGACUACGAGAUAAUUUAUCCCGAAAGAUUACAUCAUAGUCGCUUCAAAAGGGAUCUUUCUACAGCUACAGGGGAAGGACAUGAAGAUUCAGCGUCUUUUGCUUUGAGAGCCUUCAAUAAAAAUUGGAUUCUUGAUGCAAAUCGUAACAAACAACUGACCCCAAACACGUUUGUACUACGACAGUUUGAUUCUGAUGAUACUGAAAUCAUAUCAAGGGAAGCUCCGGAAGGUUGUCAUUACCAAGGUUCUAUUCGUGGCAAUCCAGACUCUGUGGUUGUUUUAAACACAUGCAGUGGAUUAACGGGGAUGAUUGACGAUGGAACAGAAAGCUAUAACAUUGAGCCUCACGACAAUUACCAGGAUACUGGUGCACACAAAAUAUAUGCUGCAAAAGAUGAGGAACAGUUUGAUUCUCACCAGCACUGCGGAACACAGAAUGGCGAACAAUCAUUUGAUUCGAYAUCCAAAGAAUCCAAAAUAAAAAAGACAAUUGACAGAUUGCGUCGUGAUCUUGGUCAUGUGGUAAACAUGGAAGAAGUUUAUCGGCCAUACCUAACAACAGAUGAGACCCGAUAUAACGAAGUWAUGUUUGUGGUUGACAACGGUGUGUACCAAAGAUACAAAAAUGACUCAAAGACUGUUACAGAGAAAGUUGCUACUUUGGCCAAUGCUGUUGACGCGGUGUAUCAAAGAAUCAAUGUACGAAUCGUCUUUUCUGCCAUUGAAAUCUGGUCAAAUGGCGAUCGAAUGACWCGCAAAAAAACUGGUGGAGCAGAGCUUGGUGAAUUUGGAAGCUAUCGUAAGAAAAACCUGAUUGGUAAAAUCCCUCACGAUAAUGCRCAGUUCCUUAGUCAUCAUGGUUGGGGUAAUAUAGCCGGAAUGGCCUGGGUUGGAACGAUAUGUGGUUCACUCUCAUCCUCUAUCAAUACGUGGUCAUUUSGAGGAAUAACAGGUCCUUUGGUAGUAGUUGCUCAUGAAAUGGGUCAUAACUUUGGCUUUGGACAUAACACAGGAUCGUGCAAGUGCUUAACUCGGAAAGGGUGCUUCAUGGGAGGCCACAAAACCCGUGUCCCUGGCUUCUCUGACUGCAACUUGAACAGUUUGAAGAGGACAAAUGACAAAUGCUUGUACAAUGUGCCAACACAGGCUCUCAAUUCUAGAUGUGGAAAUGGUAUCAGGGAAGGAGACGAGGAAUGUGACUGUGGUACACCUGAGAUGUGUAAAAAGAAAGAUCCGUGUUGUCUGCCUUUUAAGUGUCAGCUCAGACCCUCGGCUGUAUGUAGCGAUUUACAUCAUUCAUGCUGCAAAGAUUGUCAGUAUAAGAAGGAAGGCACACUAUGCAGAGCAGUGAAGACCGACUGUGAUGUUCCUGAAUACUGUCCUGGAGACUCUAGAGAUUGUCCUGCGGAUACAACUAUGCAAGAUGGUAUACCAUGUAACAGAACCAAUAAGUUAAUCAUAGCAAAUACGAACCGCUGGUCCGUAGUUAAAAAUAAGUUGUCUCCUCACAUUGAGGCCCGAUAUGUACGUAUCAACCCUCAAUAUUGGAGGGGGUGGAACUGUAUGAGAACUGAACUACUUGGAUGCCCUGCUGAUGAAGUGAACCCAGCAAUGCCAACACCAUUAAAAGCAUACAAUGAUUAUUGCAUCGUCCCAAAGAAUGAAACAUGUAAGMUUAGUGAGAACAGUAGGAUUGCGUUCAAGUCUGGUUAUGAAUGCAAGGAAAAAUACAUGGAAUUCAAACUGGACUCCAAUGGAAUCUUAUGGCAUGAAUGCAGUCAACAUCGUGUUUGUCCAGAAAAUGGAGCCACUGGGAAUGGCGUAAAACUGGUAAUCAGUAGCAGCUGUAAAGAUGAAGACUCAAAAUUCGUCAGAACAUCGAAGAAUUCCCUUAAACAUGUUAAGAGUGGAAAGUGCGUCCAUCCUAGUGGAGGUUGGCCUGGUAAUGGUAGAGAAUUGGUGUUGUGGAGCGGAUGUGAUCUAASAAGACUUGAGAUAAACUUUAUGAAKCCUGCACAGAAUUAG